UUUAUCAUCAGAGAUAACACACAUGGAGGCAACGAAGAGAGUGCAGGACGCAGCCUUAGUAACCCAACCCGCAUACGGGCUGGACGCAAACGAAAGGCUGUACCACAUACAAUUAAUUGUCAGUUCAGUGGCGAAGAUGACGAUGGGGGCGACAUGAUGGAUGAAGACUGCAGAGGAAACGAAGCACUGAAUGAUAGGAGUGAAGUGCAAGAUCCUUUAGGGGCGCUGGGAUUUCAGACAGCUGGAAUGAAAUUGAAGUCAGAGUUGGCGCAGAAAGGCCGGUCGAUGAAGGGGGUUGGCCGAGGUGCAGGCGCACUGGGUUCAACUCAGGGCAUGGGAGGCUACGCUCCCAGGACUGGUCUCUCAAGGCCUAAGGGUGGCCAAGGGAAUGUCGUCUCAGGACUUCGAGGAGGCUUUGUUCCUCCCUUUGUUCGCAAGGCAGUGAAUGCCUUGGGGGGACAAGACACCAGCAAAGGCGACAAUCCGAUGUCAGCCAAGAUGCUGCAGCUACUUGCAGGACCCGAUGGCGAAUUACCUGAGAGCCUGCAGAAGUUCGACCCUGCAUUAAUCGACAUGGUCUGCAACGAGGUGUUGGAUGAGGGUGCAGCGGUGGACUGGGAAGACAUCGCUGGACAGGAUGCUGCCAAGCAGUUGAUACAAGAGAUCGUGGUGUGGCCAAUGAUGAACCCCACCCUCUUCAUGGGGGCCCGUGCGCCUCCAAAGGGGAUUCUUCUUUUUGGGCCACCAGGCACAGGCAAAACCCUUCUUGGAAAGGCAAUUGCCAGCAAUAUCAAGGCUACAUUCUUCAACAUCAGUGCAAGCUCUUUGACAAGCAAGUGGAUUGGCGAAGGGGAGAAGAUGGUGCGAACAUUAUUCGCUGUUGCAGAAUUCAUGCAACCAUCUGUUAUCUUCAUUGACGAAAUAGACUCCAUCCUCUCUGCUCGGAAGUCUGAAGGUGAACAUGAAGCAAGCAGACGACUAAAAACUGAACUGCUGGUUCAGAUGGAGGGAUGCAAUCCAAAUUCCCUGAGUCGACGAAUUCUGCUGGUUGGAGCAACCAACAGGCCAGAGGAGUUGGAUGAGGCAGCUCGUCGAAGGAUGCCAAAACAGCUGUACAUACCCCUGCCAUGCGAGCCUGCGCGGAAAGAAAUGAUCCUGAGGCAACUUGGUGCUGUCAAAUCAGUAUUGUCUCAAGAGGAUGUUCAAAAAGUCGUCCAGAAGACAGAUGGAUAUUCCGGUGCAGACAUGCGGAAUCUAAUCCAGGAGGCGCUCCAGGGUCCUGUGCGGGAGGCUGUCAGACAGCACGGCUCUAAAAUCGCUACCCUGUCAGAGAGCGACCUUCGACCCGUGGGGAAGAGGGAUUUUCAGAUGGCUGCAAAGGCUCAAAAGCCGAGCGUGGCUCCCUGUGAGGUGACCCGAUACGAGGUGUACAACGCCAAGCACGGAGCCAAGUACGUGGGCGACGGGAGCUCCGAUGACGAGUGGUGA